AUCCAAAAUUUUUCUCAUACGCUGAAGAGGUGGCAGAAAAAUCGUCACUUCUUCAAUGAAACGAAAUUCUUCAAAAUUAAAGAAAUAUUUCGUUAUUCUACAUUAAAAAAAAAAAAAAAAAACUUGCAGUGCCUAAUGUUUCCAAUUUUUUACUAAUCACUUUAACGCGAGUGUGGGCACCAUAUAGACGCCAUGAAACAACAGGGACAGAUAGAAAAAUUACUCUCAUGCCCGACGAGGGAUUUGAACUCCGGAUCUUCCUUUGAACGAGGUACACUUCGUAACCACCAUAAAAACCAGUCAGCGUCAUUCCCAGUUUAUUUUCGAUUGUCUAGUCUUGAUUCUAGUUUCGUAAUUCUAGUUAACAAUAUCCCGAAACGAAGAGAAACACUACGAAGAGGUUUCGAAAGGAGAAAACAUUUUCGACAUGCAUUUGAGAGUUCGCAUUUCAACUCAAAUCAAGUGAUUCGCAACGAAAAUUAUUCUUAAAAUCAACGAAAUACUGAUCAAUUAUUGUUAAAUCGUCUGAGAGUUUUAUUUCUGAGAGUAGAGUGCAUUAUAUCUCAGCAGCUACAUUGUAUGAAUAUUUUUUUUUCAUGCAGCAAAAAAAGAUGCAACGAAUCACUUUGUGAUGUUGAAGCCGGGAUGUUAAAAUCAAUUAAGAUCACAGGAAUAAAUAAAAUUUUGCACUAAAAAAAGAAAAAAGAAUAUUGAUUAGGCAUUCAUCUAAAGAACUUGUGUUUAGGGGCUUUGGAUAAUAUUGUGAUAUGCACCUUCAAAAUUCCUUCCAGGUGGAUGUAAUACGACUUUUUCCUAUUUUUUCUAUAAAUAACAGAUACAAAGAAACGUAUUUUUACCUGUAUAAAAAUCUAUGUGUUAUUCUUGAAAAAUAACGCAGUCUGAAGCAAGAUUAAAAUGAAGGUCAUAAUUAAGCAUUUUAUUUUCCAAUUUAAAUUUAUUUUUCACUGAAAGCUUUGAAAAAGUUCUCCUGAACGAUUUGAAAAUUUAUAUACAUUGCACCAAGUACUUUCCUAUAUUUUAUUCAGUGUAAGUUUUUUUGGAAGUGGCGUUUUGUCAAAUUAGUUUUUGAUUGAUAUUAUAAUGAAGACUUACAAUAAGUUAUUACUUUUAUCAUUUUGAUUUGAUCAAUGUUAUUAUGUAGAAAUUCAAUUAUAUCGAAAUGACGGCUGUAAUAGAUAUUAUUUUCCCAGCUGUUUAAUUAUAUUGCUCUGCAAAAAUUAAUAUGUCUUUUUUACUACGUUUUUUCCACUUUUUUAGUAAUUGCGUUAAGCUCGGAAGAAAAAUACAUAUGUUUCAAUAACGUAACACUUGUAUGCUGCAAGGUAUAUCAUUUAACAUUUCGUUUUUAUAUUGAAAUUAAAAUAUCUUUUAGUUUUAGAAUCUCUUGCAGUAGCUAAUAUCUAGGUCGAUCCCAGGUAUACAGCAAGAAUGCUUUUUUCUGACAAAAUGUAUGGAGUCUGGAUCGUUUUAAUUUUCUAUGUUCUAUCAGUCAUCGCAAGACCAGAAGAUUUAUGCGGUAAAUUUAAUGAAAAAAUAGCAGCCGAAUUAGAUAAAUGCAACCAACUUGCACCAGAUUAUGUUCAGAAAAUAAUUAGUGACUGUCAAUUAAGAGUGCUUCCAAAUGAAGAAGUAAAAGAAUUCACAUUUCUAACUGCUGGAUGCAAAGAUAAAUCUAUUUUCAGUCAGUUUAGAGAGUGCCUGAAGGAAAAUGAAAAAGUUUUAAAAUUCUAUGAUUUGAUCGAUACACAGGGUUGCUAUAAUGAAGUAUCAAAAAAAUAUGGAUUAGCUGUGUCUUAAAAGAAUUAGGAGAAAAACUUAAGAACAUAAAAUAAAUUCACUGCAAUUUUCAAUUUUUGUUGAAAAAAAGAAGAUUUGCUUCCUAUAAAGAAAUA